AUAUAUAAAUAUGAACAAAUAGUCGUCUCUCUCGGUUGUCUUCUCCAAAAUUCCAAUCCCAUAAAAUAAAAAAUCACAGAACCCCCAUUCAUUCCUCCAUUACAAUCAAAUCAUCAUGAGUUACUACAAGGACAAUCAACCCCCCGUCGGCGUACCUCCUCCUCAAGGAUAUCCGCCGCAGGGGUACCCACCCCAAGGGUAUCCACCCCAAGGGUACCCACCCCAGGGUUACCCACCCCAGGGUUACCCGCCGCAGGGUUACCCGCCGCCGCAGUACGCCCCACAAUACGGUGCUCCUCCUCCGCAGCAGAAGCAUAAAAAGGACAAAGAAGGUGGCUUCAUCGAAGGAUGUAUGGCUGCAUUGUGCUGCUGUUGCCUACUUGAUGCAUUCUUCUAAGGAUGAGAAAAAAUACGGAGAAGGAUUUGUUUGAUUAUUUUGAACGAUGUCGAUUUUCGGCGUUCGAUUAAAUGUGUGUACAUUUUUGGGCAAUUUUUCUUGGUUGCUUAUUAUAAUGUAUGUAUAUGUGAAUUCUUGUUCUUGUACUUGUCAUGUUGAUGAUUUGAUUUGAUUUGUUUGUUACAUUUUUUUUUUUUUUUUGAGAAGAAUUUGUUUGUAACAUUUGCUUCUUAAAUUUGUUUGUGGUGGUGAUUAUUUACAAUGUGGGAUUCUAAUAAAGUUUCUUGUGAUGAAAA